GAGGAAAGCAAGAUGAGUCUGAGUGAAGAAACACAAAACCUACCCGAAGGUAAUGAAGAAGGAGUACAGUCGCAAGAAAACUCCACUAUAGAAUGUAACCGUUUACGUUUAACAGACUUGAGAGUCAUGUGUAAUAAGUGUAACAUCCUGAUGGAUAGUAAUAAAGCAGAACUAAUAGCUCGUUUGGAGGAUCUCUGGUCAGAACCAGAAAAGGAUUUCAACCUGCAAAAACCGGCUAAGGGUAAAUCUGUAGAAUGGAACCCAGCUGAAGACUACGACGAAGAAAGACCUCGUCCAUCAGAUGAGGUAAUCGAACAAAGCUAUGACUUUUUGACUCAUAUGGAAAAUAGAUUGGAGCAAAAGCUCGAAGAAAAAUUGGGGAAUUCGUUGUCGAGGGUCUUGGAUAAUAGCUUGCAACAAUGGUCGGCUCAACUAAAUAACGCUAGUUGGAUCGGUGCUGCGGAAUCUAACUUUUUAAAAAAGA